GUUUACAUUCCACUUGCAAGCAAUAGAUGAUAUUAGUAGUGAAGUCAUCAUAGGGAUUCUCCAUUGUAUCGAAUUGGAUCCAUACAAUAACAUUGGCGUAACCUCUUUCAAUGCUACUUUAAUGCAAAUAAAUCGAUAUGUAUAACGCUUUUUUGUGAAGUGCCACUAAUAGCGUCUAUUGAGAUGCAAUUGUCCAACAGCUAUAGGGGAUUGACGGCAGCCUGAUCGUGAGCUUAGUCAAUCCUUGAUUUCUGUUGGACUACUACAUUGUACUUGCUUGCGACUUAGCUGACGACACCUCUACCUCAAGUUAGCAGUAUUACUUCUGAUAGUUUUACACAAGUUUGUCCUUUCUCUUGAAGGCAUAAAGUUAUUUGACCAAUUUUAUCUACUCUCCACCGUCAACCUUCUCUGGUAUUGACUUGUGCAACACUCAAGAAUAUUUAUUUUCGGUUCACAGUGUACUCUCCGUUUUUAAUUGAUCAGAAUGGAUUUAAAAACAUAUCAAAAUGGCGGCAGAGCCACUGGAUAUCUUUGAGCAUGAGUUGCUCUUCAAAGCAACGGAUAUCUCUGAGCAUGAGUUGCUCUUCAAAGCAACCAAUUUAUCCAAACUGGCCUUCAUAGAUUUGUCUCAGAUUUCAGGAAAAAGCCUUCAUGGUGACUUAUUUUUUCUGGAACUCACCAUCUCUUGAAUUCGCAACCUGGCUGCACAAUUAUUAAUACAAUGAGGAUUGUGAUGUUGGAACUGGCGAAGAAGGUGCUAAGCAAAAAGAAAAAGCUAAGAAGAAAAAAAAGGGAACAUUUAAUGUUGAAGAAUUUCAACUCCUUCCUUUUCUCAAUACUGAUAAAAAUAUUGAUAUGGAACUAGACAAGAAAGAGAAUAAACUAGCAAAGCAAUCAGGUAAACUUGUCCUUCCCAUCUUAAUGCGAAUUAAAAGUGGUUACUACAUCUAGAGAUAUUUUCACAACUGAAGGAGAAGUAGUCGGGAAAAUGGAUGAAUUCAGUAGUGAGUCAAGUGAGUCGUGAUGACACGCCGUCGAAGCAGCAGAUCUGUGAAAAACAAGAAAUUUUGGCUGCGGCUGAAAGGGUCAGCUCAUGAAGAUUGUGAUGAACGAGAUGAUCCCAAUUUUACGUUACCUCCCUUGUCACCAGAAGAAAGCCCUCAGCAAUGCUCACCUCAAGUGUUCAACUUUUCAAGCCCUUUGCUCGAUCCCUCGGUAAAUGUUCAGCCUGAACCUCUCCUGAGCGGCUCAUCAGGCAAUGGUGCAGUACCAAAGUUGCUGGUAAAUUACUCCUUUACCUCGUCAGACAUGUUACCGACCUUUUCACCUACAAGAAGCAGGAUAUCAGUCGGGGUUGGAGGUGGCGUGGCAGGUAUAAGAGGUGUUGCUGCAGGUUAAGGUGUAUUGGUGGUGGUGUUAGAGAUAUUGGAAGUGGAAUACUUGAUUAGAUUUUGUAGUGAUUCCAAACAAGGUAAGUGAAACAUACGUACGCUCUCCUCGACCGCUUUUGCCAAAAUUCAUUUUUUUAUCCUGCUACAGAGUCGUUGUGCGAGUUUUGAAUUUCGAUAAGUUUACAGUCUUAGCCGAAAAUGAAUGUGACAGUCUGCUGUUAAUAAUAGUGAACAAACAACCACCUCACUGAAAGCAAAUGAAUUUUUAUUCUCAACGAAUAUGCUUUCAUCGAAUGAGUCCUUUUUUAUCAACAGCAGAUGGUCAUAUUUGUUUUCGGCCAAGACUGCAAAGCUGUUGGAAUUCAAAUCUCGAGCUGUGGCUUUGGUGGCAGUAACAGAAAUCUACAUUUCGGCCAAAGUGGUCGGGAGGUGCAUACCUCUGUUUCACUUACUUUGGAUUCUGAAUGGCUUGCAGACCUCAUAAGCCAUCUGGCAAUUUUCAAAAUGUAUUUCUUCCUCUAAAUGUGUGAUAUCGAAAAAUCUCACGGUGUAGAGUACCUAACAAUUAAGCUGUAUUUUGAUGCUGAAACUAUAAAAACGAAAA